AGUAAUACUGAUAAGAGCUCGAGAGUGAGUAGUUUAAAAACGAGAGAAAUCACAGGGAUCGGUAUCAGCUAAAAUGGGUCUGGAAGGCAAAUACGAAGAAGUGAAAUCAGAAGGCUUCGAAGCAUUCUUCAAGGCACUUUCUGCUGGAAGGCCAGAAGGUCAGCAACCACGCGGCCCACCCAAAACCCCAAACAAAAGUCUGUCAAUUUCUAUAAAUGGCGACCAGGUUACAGUUGACAGAGGUGAGGAAUUCAAACCUACCUACACCUUGAACAAAGAAGUUGAUGUUCAGGGAUUAGGAGGCAAACCUGUAAAAACCAAGGCAGCCCUAGCUGGUGACCAGCUCACUGUGGAAUCGACUGACGAAAAUGGUACUUUCAAAAGAGUAUAUGCCCUGGCAGGUUCAGAACUGACAGUUACAUACUCUUCUUCGAAAUCUGGCGUUCCUCAAGCCACCAGAGUCUUCAAAAAAUUGUAAUUUUUCAAUAAGCAUCGACUUACCUCAAUUUUGUGUUGUAUAAAUGUGAUAAAUUUUCUCAAAAUAUAAUUUAUUUGGCUAUAAAAA